AUGACUCUAGUAGUGCGGGCUAUCACAGAACUCUUUCGUGCUGUUAAGCGCGAAGGCGAGGUCCAUCGACAGAUCUUAGCUUUUUCUAUCUCUCACGACCACCGAUCGAGAUUAGAGGAAAAACUAGCUAAGUAA